AUGUGCCGAUUGCUCGUCCCCGAGCGAGGUCUGGCGACAUUACUACGCUCUACUUCUCAGCUUUCGUCCGUCUUCCUUGAGCGCUUUCCGUAUGCUCAGCGGAGCCAUUCUAUACCCUGGCGCACGAUACGGCGCGUUCUUUCCGUCCCCACCCUUCGCGAAUUCGUACUUCAGCGGUUCAUCUUCGCACCCGACUUCAAACCUCAGAACACCGAAGGUUUUGCGCCCGUCUCCCUCAGAUCUUUCGAAGCACGAUUCAAUUAUCCUAUUCCGUGCCGACCCGAGUCACUACAGUCGGAAACACGAGCAUUCUCGACAGUCCUGUCCAAGCUAUACGAUACACUAGAAACGCUGCAUCUCCCAGGCCCCUCAGCUCCCGCAGACCUCCUGACGACAUCCCACUGGCCCCGUCUUCGGGAGCUCGUUCUCUACAGCGAACCGUGGGACGCUUCGCAACCAUGGCACGCCGUCACUCUCUUUUCCAACAUGCCGCACCUCCGCACGCUCGCGCUCAAGUUCCUCCCUCCGCGUGGCAAGGGCCUCCUGAACCUCGCCGACUCCCGCAACGGCGUUCUGCACCACAGCCGCGAAACGGAGCGGACCCCGCUCUGGCCUCCGGGGUACACCGGUCCCUUCCCUUGGCCGGAGCUGGACCGGCUCGUCGUCUCCUGUCCGAACGUCGACGACGAAGUGUACGAGCACCUCCCGCAGACGCUGCGCUCGCUCUCGCUGCGGUACUGGAAGCACCUCUUCUGGCUCGCCCACGAGCGCACUCGGGCCGAGACUCCAGAUCAUCGCGCGUAUCACACCGCGGGUUCGACGCUCACGAUCCUACGGCGCUGUGCGAUCCCGGCGCUGGAGCGGCUGACGGUCGAGUACGUGGAGGACGACCGCGAAGAGGAGCUUCUCAGGCUACUGGGCGCCGCAUUUCCGCGACUGCGGGAGCUAACCGUGCUGCAGUACGGACGUAUGUCGCUCCCUGAGUCGCGUAGACCGAUGGACGAGUUGCCCACGGUGCGUGUUGUUCUUCAGUAUCGUUCUUAUGCGGGGCACUUAUUGUGGCCUCGGUACCUUGUCCAGAGACGCAUCGCGAGUUGCCUCAGCCGCCUCGAAAACCUUCGGCGCCUGAAGAUGUACCUGGACUCUCGUUCCUUCGUACCUCGGAAUAGAAAGAUGGAGUUUGAGAGAGAUGUCCUGCGCCCUCAGGUUGAUACUUUUGCGCAGAUUCUCAGCCCGUCUGUUAUCUCGAUAUCUGGUCUCGUGUGUCUUCGCGAUAUGACCUGGGAGUGGCAGGCGUACGACAUACAGGACAACCGGGUUAUACCUAGGAUCACAUGA